UGCCAUUAUCCAAUGGGUGUAAGAGUAUUCAUCAUAGUGAUUGCGUGCACGAAGUGAAGAAGAGGUAUAUAUGAAAGAUAUUGUCUUUGCAGUGUCAUUCUACUGGAUUUUAAGUAAAAGAAAGGAAAAAAUCGUGUGUAAAAAAUAUUGAUAAGAUAUUGAAGUACAUCUGAAAUAUUAACAAUUCUAAUGUAACAUACAUAGAAUGGAUCUUAUCUUUUUGAUACUAUGCACUCUUUGCAUUAUUGUGAUCUUCGCAAUUCUGUCGCUAGUAUAUGAACAAUAUGUUACUCGUCAAAAAUUUAAAAACUUUCCCCAAAUCGAUGAAGGAUCUUUUAUUAUUGGUUCAACUUUUGAAUUAAUAAAACAAUCGCCAUAUGAACGUACGAAAUGGAUGAUAUCAUGUAUGGAGAAGACACGUAAAGAAGGAAUAUUUGUACAAUGGUUUGGAACCAUGCCUAUUGUUUGGAUGUUUAAGCCAGAAUAUUUAGAGCAUAUUUUACACAGCACCGUGAAUAUUACAAAAGGAGACGAUUAUGACUUGUUAAAACCUUGGUUGGGCAAUGGACUUUUAACAUCUACAGGUCAACAAUGGUUCCAUGAUAGAAAACUUAUCGGACCAACAUUCCAUUUUACUAUAUUAGAUCAAUUUGCUGUGACUCAGUUUGAAAAGGCAGAGAUUCUUCUAAAAUGUAUCGAAAAAAAAAGAGAAAAAAAUCCAGAGAAACCUAUUGAUGCUUGCCCUCUUUUAACCAACGUUGCUCUUGAUAUUAUCUGUGAAACGGCCAUGGGUGUGGAUAUACAUGCUCAAGAAAACGAAACCGAAUAUACUUUAGCAUUACAGGAAAUGUCCGACUUAACAUUGGAUCGAUUCUUUACACCAUGGUAUUGGAUUGACUGGUUGUACUUUUCAUUACCUGUAGGAAAGAAGUUGAAAUCAAAAAUUGACAUAUUGCAUAAGUUUACGACAGAGGUAAUAAAUAAAAAAAGGGCUGAGCGACAAUCGCAAAGCGAUUAUACGGAAGUAAAAAAUGUGGAUGAUGAUAUUGACAUAGGUACUGUAAGAAGAAGAGAAAAGCAGUUUUUAGAUCUAUUAUUAGAUCAGAAUAAAGAAACUGAUACUCCUUUUACCGAUGAUGAAUUGAGAUCGCAAGUCGACACGUUGAUGUUUGCGGGGCAUGACACAACUUCAUAUGCAAUGACUUGGGUUCUCUUUCUUCUGGGCAAUAAUUUUGAACAACAGGAAAAAGUUCACAAAGAACUUAAAGAGGUUUUUGGAGAUUCGGAUACACCAAUCAAUGCAAAAGAUCUAUCAAAAUUAAAGUAUCUGGAUAGAGUCAUAAAGGAAACACUCCGGAUAUUCCCAAGUGCAGCUAUAAUUUCGAGGAAACUAGUAGAAGAUGUAAAAUUAGAUAAAUACACGCUCGCAAAAGAUACUACAGUUAUACUACCAAUUUUAAUGACACAUCGAAAUCCGGAAAUUUGGCCGGAUCCAUUGAAGUUCGAUCCAGAUCGCUUUCUUCCAGAAAACUCAAAAGAUAGGAAUCCGUACGCCUACGUUCCAUUCAGCGCUGGACCAAGAAACUGUGUAGGCCAGAAAUUUGCUCUACAAGAACAGAAAAUCAUAUUAACUACUAUUCUCAGAAAAUAUAAAGUAAAAAGCGUAAAAACAAUCGAUAUGGUCAAGUAUGUUGCCUCUGUCGUUUUACGACCUGAUGAAGAAAUACUCAUACAUUUCACGCCAAAGAAAUGAAUAGUUCUUCAGCAAAAAUAUAUGCAAUUUGUAUAAUUU